AUGACGACCAACCCUGUGGCUGAGCUGCGCUCUACGGCGCCUGUACCAAAGGGACAACCGCAAAUAGCCAAGAAGAACGUCAUUUCCCCAGGUAUCUCGCUAACUGCUGGUGCCGUAGCGGGUGCAGUGGAAGCAACCGUCACUUACCCCUUUGAGUUUGCUAAAACACGAGUUCAAUUAAGCCAAAAGGCCGCCAGCGGUAUUUCCACUCCGGCAUCUAGGCAUCCUCUGGCAGUGAUAUUGGGAACGGCGCGCCAAGAUGGUGUUCGAGCCAUCUACACCGGUUGCUCAACCCUUAUUCUCGGGACUGCCUUCAAGGCCGGCGUGCGCUUCUUGUCAUUUGACACUAUCAAAAACCUCUUGGCGGACGCGGACGGAACACUGUCCCCAGCACGAGGCAUACUAGCUGGCAUGGUCGCGGGUACAGUGGAGAGUGUGGUCGCAGUGACUCCCACAGAGAGGAUCAAAACUGCCCUUAUUGAUGACGCACGAUCAUCAACCACACGUCGUUACAAGGGCGGAUUUCACGCCCUCCGCACUAUCGUAGCGGAGUCUGGCGUCAGCGAGGUCUACCGCGGCUUACUCUCCACGACAAUGAAGCAAUCAGCUACGUCUGCCGUACGCAUGGGCUCGUACAACGUCAUAAAGGAGAUCGUCUCAUCGCGCACCAGCAUUAAAGACACCAAGAACCCCGCACUGACAUUUGGAAUGGGAGCCACGGCCGGGGUGAUAACAGUGUACAUGACCCAGCCCUUCGACACGAUCAAGACACGUGCUCAAGGGGCCAAGGGCGCAUCAACUAUGGAAGCGCUGCGAGAUGUACUGAAAGAUGGUGGUGUACGAGCCCUCUGGAGUGGAAGCUCUAUGCGACUAGGCAGGCUGAUUCUCAGCGGUGGGAUAGUCUUCACGGUCUAUGAAAAUGUUGCCGCGCUUCUGAUGGGUUCAAGGACAGGGUGA